GUGCCGUCACUGAAGCUAAAGGAGGCGGGAUUAUGUGAUUGGUUGCGCGUGUCCGCUGUUUGAUCCUCUAUCCGGCUGAGUGAGGUGAUUCUCGCGGAUUGUUUGUUGCGGAUCGACCUGAGGCUUACGAUAGAAACCACGGGGGUCAUCUUAUUUUUUAAGUCGUGUUUUAUUUUGUGGUUUUCUCAAUUUCCAAACCAAGGGAGCUUUGCAAUGCUGUCCGUACCUGGAGAAAGAGGUCACGAGUCUUUUUAACUUUUGUGGUGCUGAAGAAAAGACCCAGUUAAUUGUCAUCUUAUGAUAACACUGCGGUCAGGCUGUCAGGCACAUCCUAUUUCAUCUGAAUUGCUUUUCACUACUCUGGCAAUUUUUACUUUUUAUUAUGUGAAAAGAAAGAAGGACAAUACCUUACUCGAGAAGAUGAGGAAAUGGAAAACAUGAUAUUUAUACUGUCCCUACAAUAUUUCAAUACAGAUUUUUUUUAUUUUUUGUUUUCAAACGAAGAGGUUGCUCCUGGAAUAGACUUGGUUGAGGGUCAAGGGGAUGAUGGGAGUCUAGUGCUGUACUGCUGAGUAAUUUUCUGGGGGGUGAGGGUUUUUUAUUUUUUGAGAGUUCGUUUUUGCAGGUGUUCACAGAACACCUCCAUAGGAAGUAUACCUGCAUUUAAAAUGUGGGAAAUUUCUGCAUGAUUAAGUUUUGGCUCUGAGAAACGUAUUCAUUAAUGUGGCCAAAUGACAGCCUGACCCAGUUGUCAUUUUAAAAAAACAGAGGGCAUUUUUCAGAUGGCUCUUUGUGGCACUACUGCUAAUGCUGCAAAAAUGAUGGCUGCCUAUAAUGGCAGCACAUCUGUAGCUGCUGCAGGCCACCAUCACCACCACCAUCACCACCUUCCUCAUCUCACUCACCCCCACCUCCACCAUCACCACCAUCAUACACAACAUCAUUUACACCCGGGUUCUGCAGCAGCAGUCCAUCCAGUACAGCAGCAUGCCUCUUCAGCAGCUGCAGCUGCUGCUGCUGCGGCGGCGGCUGCAGCUGCAAUGCUAAACCCAGGGCAGCAACAGCCAUAUUUUCCAUCACCCGCUCCUGGUCAGGCCCCUGGACCAGCUGCAGCAGCCCCAGCUCAGGUACAGGCUGCAGCGGCUGCAGCUGUAAAGGCUCACCACCAUCAACAUCAACACCACUCGCAACAGCCACAACUGGAUAUUGAACCGGAUCGACCUAUUGGAUAUGGAGCCUUUGGUGUAGUCUGGUCAGUUACAGAUCCCAGAGAUGGAAAGAGAGUCGCGCUUAAAAAGAUGCCCAACGUCUUCCAAAAUCUGGUCUCUUGCAAAAGGGUCUUCCGUGAAUUGAAGAUGCUGUGCUUUUUUAAGCAUGAUAAUGUCCUUUCUGCUCUUGACAUUCUCCAGCCUCCACAUAUAGACUACUUCGAGGAAAUAUAUGUCGUCACAGAACUAAUGCAAAGUGACCUUCAUAAGAUCAUCGUCUCCCCUCAGCCACUCAGUUCAGAUCAUGUUAAAGUUUUUCUGUACCAAAUUUUAAGAGGUCUGAAAUACCUGCAUUCAGCUGGCAUUUUGCAUCGAGACAUUAAACCAGGAAACCUCCUUGUCAACAGCAACUGUGUUCUCAAGGUCUGUGAUUUUGGUCUAGCCAGGGUAGAAGAAUUAGAUGAAUCGCGUCACAUGACUCAGGAAGUUGUCACACAGUAUUACCGGGCUCCGGAGAUCCUGAUGGGUAGCAGGCACUAUACCAGUGCUAUUGACAUCUGGUCCGUUGGCUGUAUUUUUGCAGAACUACUGGGGAGAAGAAUACUUUUCCAGGCACAGAGUCCUAUUCAGCAGUUAGACUUGAUCACAGAUCUUUUGGGAACCCCCUCACUGGAAGCAAUGAGGACAGCAUGUGAAGGCGCCAAGGCUCAUAUACUCAGGGGUCCUCAUAAACAGCCAUCUCUCCCUGUCCUGUACACAUUGUCAAGUCAGGCCACUCAUGAAGCUGUUCAUCUCCUCUGCAGAAUGUUGGUCUUUGAUCCAUCUAAAAGAAUCUCGGCUAAGGAUGCCCUAGCUCAUCCAUACCUUGAUGAAGGACGUCUCAGAUACCAUACGUGUAUGUGUAAAUGUUGUUAUACCACCUCAACUGGAAGAGUGUACACGAAUGACUUUGAGCCAGUUACAAACCCCAAAUUUGAUGAUGGUUUUGAAAAGAAUUUGACUUCUGUGCGGCAAGUUAAAGAAAUAAUCCAUCAGUUUGUUUUGGAGCAGCAAAAAGGAAAUCGAGUGCCACUCUGUAUCAACCCUCAGUCAGCUGCUUUUAAGAGCUUUAUUAGUUCUACUGUAGCGCAACCAUCUGAGAUGCCCCCAUCUCCAUUGGUCUGGGAGUGAAAAUUGAAGAAAUUACUACUGAAGAAGUAAUGUAGCUUUCACUGGAGUCUAGGAUUUUCAAUUCUAGAAUUUAAUCCUGCGUGUAUUGUAAUUUUACUAAUGAAGUUUUAAAUUAACAACCACUACUACUUGUAUAAAGUUGUGUAGAAACUUACCGGACUUUUAUUAAACAGUAAUGUGGUGGUUGCAGUUUUAUUAUAUAAAAAAAGAAAAAGAAAAAAAAAAGCAAAAUAUUUUACCGAGAGCUGCACAUAUUUUAUGAAUUCUGAUGCGAUCGUUGUUGCUAGGCUCGGAACAAACAAAACACUGAACCAAAUUUAGCAAUUUUAUUAUAUUGAAGUAAAAAAAAUAAAAGAAGGAUCAGCCUAAUGCUUUGACACUGAGCCAUUCCUAAAGAUUUUGCUUUUUAAAAUCAAGAAUAUAGAAAAUGUUACUGCGACCAAUCAUGAAGUCAUGUCAGAUGACAGUGGCCAUACUUUGAAGUAGGCGUGUCACCUGGUGAUCAAAUUCUAUAAAUAGCUUUUUCAUUAGAGCUGUGAUGGUGAUGUGUGCUGUUCUUCAGAAUAAAAUUGUUGUGAGUAGAGAGAGUGUGGGUUUGUGACUAGAAGAGAAAGUUGAGUUUUGUUCCUCGCCCUACCCCAACCAACUAAAUAUAUAUUUAAUCUAUUUUUAUUAGAAAGUUUUAUUUGUUUUGUUUUUGGCUAUUUGUUACACAGAACAGUCCCUGAGCAUGCAUCAUCCAUAAACCUGUAAAUAAUUCCAGUAACACAUUGGAUACAUUUCAUAAAAUCUUUUGAGUUUAUUGCUGUAUAGAGAUAAACUAGCUUGCACAUUUUAGGUCUGUGAAUUUUUUGUGAGAAUUUUUUUUCUGCACUGGACAGUUUAAGAAAACAGCACAUAGGCAAUUAUGUUAAUUGUGUCUUGUGUCUUUAGACAACACUGUGGAAGUCUUGAAAAUGUCACAGUAGUAAAUAAAUUUUAUUAUCUUU